UCCCAGCAACCAAACGGCGUGCACCUCUAAGAUACAUACACAUAAAACCCCCACAAGCUAUAUAUACAGCUCGAUCAGAUUCAAAAUCAAACCCGGAUCGCAAAUAAACGCAAAUCACAGACAAAACGUUGAAAGAAAAUUUUCUUCUUGGUGUUGGCCUUUUUUUUUUGUCGUGAAUUAAAAACAAAAUAAACAAAAAAGAAACGGAGAAAAGAAUCGUUUGCAUUUUGCAUUUGUGAGUGGAUCGAAUUGAAAUCGAAACGUUAAAGGAAACGGAAACGGCAUAGGAACAGGAAACGGAAGCCAAAGAAUCGUCCAGGAAUUCCAGUCAGCUCAAGGAGACAAGUUAAACCAAAGAGGAGCUUCUUCCAGUGUAAAUACACAUACAAAGAAAAACUAAAAGCAAAAGUGUUGCGAAUUCGCGGUGACAAAAGGCCAAGACUUACCAUAAGACCCGCUCUACGGACCAGUUUGCUCCGCCACAGCCGCACUCCAGGCCAUUCUUCAAGAUCCCCAGCGACAUUAUGACGGAUGUAUCGCACGAAUUGGGCGCCCUGCGCUUCGUGGUGGACUCACCGCUGUCUUCCAAGGUAGCCAUGUUCAAUAACCAGGCGACGCAGCACAAGCAGUCCCAGCUGCUCAAUCCCUUCUCGGGCGACGGGCGCGCCUCCUCGCCGAAGCCGACGUUCUCCAAGGAUCAGUAUGGCAAACCGCUGGCCGGCAGCCUUACGGAGGCCCGCGGCCAGAAAGCCAACAUCCAUGUGAUGAAGGAGAUGCUCGAGCUGUGUCAGAUCAUCAACUCGGAGGGCUACGAUGUCAAGGAUGAGCCCCAGAUGCGUGUGAUUCCCUUCGGCGAGCUGUUCAAUAUCUACAACUACAUCUCCGAUAAGGUGGUGGGCAUCCUCCUACGCGCCCGCAAGCACAAACUCGUGGACUUCGAGGGCGAGAUGCUGUACCAGCGACGCGACGACGAUGUGCCCGUCUUCCUGCUGAAGCCCAUCAAGGAGAUCCGCGCCGAAAUGGAUGCCAAGAUCGAGGAUAUCAAGCGGGCAGCCAGCCCGGCACCGCCGCAGUCAACAUCGGUGCUGAUGGAUCGCAGUGCCCACGAGCAGAAGCUCAAGUCGCGCACUCCCUCGCCGGCGGUGGGCAAGGGCAAGCCCAAAUCAAAGUCGCAAUCGCCGGCGGCGCCCAAAACUAAGGAGGAGGCAGCGCCAGCAGAUGUUCCGGCUUCAACAGAGGCUCCUUCUGUUGCAGCUCCUGAGGCGGCUCCAGUAGCAACUCCUGUUGCAGCUCCCGUGGCAGCUCCUGUUGCAGCUCCUGUGGCAGCUCCUGAGGCGGCACCAGUAGCAGCUACUGUUGCAGCUCCUGUGGCAACUCCUGUGGAGACCGAGCCAGUUGCUGAGGAGGCAGCUCCUGUUGAGACCAAACCAGUUGCGGAGGCAGCUCCCCUUCCAGAGCCAGCGCCCGCUGUGGUAGUCACAGAAGCUCCGCCUAGCGCCGAGGCACCGCUGCCCCAGGAGAGUACAGAGCAAAUACAAGUGGCCCCUGCCAUCAGCCCCGCUGAAGCCGCCGCACCUGCCGAGGAGUUGCCCACGAUUGUGAUCGAAGCCUCUGCCGUGUUUGUGCGCACAGUCAGCGUGGAUCAGCAGGCGGAUCAGCCGGCGGAGCCCAGUCCGCAAUCGGCGCCUGCGCAGCCGGAACAGGCCUAAGGUGCGCCAAGCCAUGGCAUCGUUGAAAGGAACUCUCGCAACUACUAAAGCGGCAGCUUUAAAUUGCAGUAGUUUAGUAAACUUAGUUUAAUUUAUUAUUAAUUAGAGAAAAAAAACAAAAAAACACAGAAGACAGAAUCGAGAGCGACUACCUAUUUAUACGUGUAUUGUUAGUGGUCGGCCAAAGGAACCAUUUCCUCAAUUUUAUAAAUAUUAACUUACUAAAAUUAAUCAAGCGAUAUGUUAAAAUAUAUAAUAAAAUACACAUAGACACCGUA